UGAGAGAGCGGCGGAGAGACAGAGAGACAGAGAGAAGAGGGCGUUUACCACACCCACUGUACGCAGCGACCGACCACAGCGGACCCCACCUGGAGAUUGAUUGCUAUGGCAGGGAUGUUCUCGCUGUUUUUUACGUGACAAAAGGAUUUUCGGGUCACCAUAGAACACAGUGAAAAUGGUUUCCGACCCAGCUUUCGAGGCGGCUAAGAUCGGUGAUCUGGAAACUUUGAAGAAGCUCCCAGGUGUGACCGAAAGACUUGUCGAUGACAACGGAGCUGGUUGUUUACAUUUUGCCGCGAGGGGUGGAAGCCUUGUUGUAAUUGAGUACCUCAUCAAAACGUUAGCUUUCUCAGCAUUGAACAGAUCAAAAACAGGAGCGAGUGCUCUUCAUGAUGCAGCAGCUAGAGGCAACACAGCUGUCGUGAAGUGGCUUAUUGAGAACUCGGAAAUCAAAGUGAACGACCAGGAUGGAUCAGGUGUCACCCCGAUUCAUUUGGCGGCGAGAUACGGACAUUUCUUGACGGUAGAGUGGCUGUUAGAUGAAGCAGAUGCAGACAUCUCCGUGCGAAGUGCCAACGGCGCCCUCCCGCUCCACUUUGCCGUGUUUGGAGGAGACGUAAACUGUAUCAAGAUACUCAUAGACGAAAACCCCAGAUUAAUUAAUAUGCAAAUGAACAAUGGAAUCACGCCUCUGUACCUUGCUUGCCAGUCGGGAUUCCUUGAAGUUGCAAAAUUCCUGGUCAGUCGCAAUGCAGCGUCAAAAAUCAAAGCAUACGAUGGGAUGUCGUGUCUUCACGCAGCGGCCCAGUUGGGAUGUACGGACGUGGUGCAGUGGUUGGUGAAGGAGGAUGGCUCCAACCCCAACGACCGGGACUUUGACGGAGCCACUCCGCUGCACUAUGCGGCUAGUCGGGGCCACGCCCACCUGGUGUGCUGGAUGAUGCGGCACGGAGGGUUCAAGGUCACGCUGGACAACCUCGGGGGAAGUCCGCUCCACAACGCGGCAGAGCUCGGGGAGAUGCAGUCGGUGCAGGCCCUGCUAGAGUGUGGCUGUGACGUCGAUCUGUCUGACAACGCUGGACUGACGGCCGCAGAGCUCGCAGACGACUGUCACCAGACUCAGGCCGCCGCCCUCAUCCGUGGUCAGCUGUCCCCUCCUCCCUCCCCGCCCCCUCCGCCCCCGGAGCCAGACACUCUGAGGGCUGACUGUCUGCCGCCUUCCCCCCUGAGGAGGACACAGAGGUAGAUCAAAUCUUCACACGCGCCCACAACACCGCCUCCACCACCAACGCCCUCAACAGCAACAACAACAGCAGCAACAAUAACAGCACCAUCAGUAACGGCAUCGUUCGCGGCAGCAGUCACAACUACAACGGCUACAUCCACCAACACCACAGCAGCAACAUCUACAACAACAACAACGACCAAAAGAACUCAGUCCCCUACAACAACAACAACAACAACAACAACAGCAACAGCAACAGCAACAGCAACAACCGUAACAGCGGAUACACCCACACCGGACACCAGUACUACUCCAACACCACCACCACCACCAACAACAACAGCACCAACAACUACAACAGCACCAACAGCUUCUUCAAAUCAGCCCCUCUCCACUCCCCCUCUCCCCCACUCCCUCCCCCUCCCCUCGCUAUAUCCCCGGACGCCUCCAGUCCCUCCACGGUAGGCUCACCCAUCUCCCCGCCCACCCCGCUCCACGAAGCACCAGGGUUCGGAUCCCCGUACCACGAGGAGGCCCAGGAGACAGUGUCCCGGCUACACUCCGAGGUAGAGGGCUGGGCCCACGCGCCACGCUACAGCCAGGAUUUGGGAACCGAACCUUUGAUCCGACGCACUGUGUCCAGAAUAUCGGUGGAUUCGUCAGCGUCCAAUUUUGGAGUGUUUGAGGUGCAAGAAGGAGCGGUCCUUCAUACAGGUAGCCCCCAGACCACCACCGUCAGGCCGCUGUUGUCCAGCUCGGGCAAGUUGUCCACGCUACCGUCGUCGGAGGACAGAGCUGACUCCCCUCCCUUGCCGCCGCCCCCUCCUCCCAUCGCCUCCCCGGACCUCGAAUCGCUGGCCAGUGAGGUGUCGGGUUCCACGACUGUUUCCCCGCCCGCGACCGACGUCCAGUUUCCGUCAGACGUCACAACUAGAGGUGAAGGUCGCGCCAAUGAGAUCGUGAACCGAUCGCCGGUGUACCAGAGAGGGAGAGACCCAGGGAGGUACCCCCAGCAGCACCUGAAGGAGCUCAAGAGUGACACGCAGAACGCCUUCUCCAAAGCCAGGGCUUUGUUUGGCCAGGGAGACAAUCAGCCGCAGCACAGUCAGCCGCAGUACAGUCAGCCGCAGUACAGUCAGCCACAGCACAAGAUACGUCAACUGUUCUCCCUUCCUUCCCCCAGGUCACCGACUCAGAAAACUUACAACCGAGAGUGGAGCUCAUCUUCCACCAACUCACAACCCUUCAGCCCUGUGGAGAGCAAGCAUAACCUUAUCGCAGACAUCCAGUCUGCCGUGAGCGGUAACUCCUCUCUGUCUCUGCGACGUGCCAAGAGUCGGGGCGAAGGUGUCAGCAUGGUCUAUCAGUCCUCCAAGGCAGCCAAGAGAAACGGGGGAGAAACCACGCCGGUGUCGGAGAGCAAGCCGCUGACCGGAGAGUUUGACCCCAAGAACUUCCUGGACAAGGUGGAGAAGAUCGACUCGACGGGCCGGCCCAUUCCCGAGUGGCGGAGACAAGUGUUGGCCAAACACGCCGCGGAGAAGGCGCAGAAAGACUUUGAGGAGAACAAAGUGGUGGAGGACUACGAGGCCCGGUUCAAGGACAUGCCGGCCUGGAAGAGAGCGCUCAUCGAGAGGAGGGAGGCACAGGCCAAGGAGGAGGAGGCGAGACUGGGCAAGAAGUGACGGAGGAGUGAAGGAGAAGUGACGGACAAGUGACGGAGAAGUGACAGAGGAGUGACGGAGGAGUGACGGAGGAG